AUGAUCCUGAGAGCCGCUGAGGUCGUUGGUCUGAAUCAAGUUGCAGCUUGCACCACAUCCACUGCUGCCGCCCUCGCCUUUCUCAAGUACUUUCCUCCGGCAUCUCGAAUUAUCGUGACGGCAGCCUGCGGCGCUGUGGGCCUCGCCACGAUGCAGCUUGGAGCUCUCCGUGGCCAUCAGAUGAUUGGACUGGUGCGUGGCCCUGAACGGGCUGCGUGGAUUGCCAAGGAGCUCGUGGGGUGUGGUUCCAUUACAGUGGUCGACACCGAGUCACCGGGAUGGAUCAGGCUCGCCUGUCCUUUGACGGGCAAGGGCGAGUUGGUCGCGCCUAGCCCAGAAACAGACGCCGGUGCUGGCGCCGACGGGCUCAUCGAUGGGGUCGGUGGCGAAGUGCUGACUUUGGCCAUGGAGGAGCUUCUCCGGGUGCGUGCCAUCGUCGUUCGGUACAGCGCUAUUUUGGAGGAGGAUGCUGCGCGAGUCGAUGCCGCACAGCAAAAGCAGCGGCUUCUGGUGAAGGACGGCAGUGUAGAGGAUUUCAUGGCUUCCCUCGAUGCGAUCCAGCAAGUUGAGGCAGCUUUUGCCCUCAUCGGGGACGCGAGGUAUCGGCCGAAGGCCUGGCACGUGGCCAGCGUGAAGGAGGUUGUGGAAUGCAUGAAGGACCAGCCAAUUUGGACGCGCCAUGCGACGCAGGUCAAGCCCGGCCGAAUUGGUCGGAUCAUAUGGAAGUUCGAGUGA